AUGGGAAAUUUCUUCUGCCCCACCGUCAACAUCGACAAGCUCUGGUCGAUGGUUCCUCAGGAUGUGAAAGACAAGGUCAAUCAGAGUAAUGUUCCGAUGAUUGAUGUGACUCAGUUUGGGUACUUCAAGGUGCUUGGGAAGGGUGUCUUGCCCAGUGAUCAGCCGAUGGUUGUCAAGGCUAAGCUCAUUUCCAAGAUUGCCGAGAAGAAAAUUAAGGAGGCCGGUGGUGUUGUGGUCCUCACUGCUUAG